AUGCCAUUAAUUAUUUUUACAGGAUAUCCUUCUUCAGGAAAAACACAGAGAGCUUUAGAGCUUAAAAAGGCACUUUCUGAUAAGAUAAAUAUGGAUAAAAGAGUACCACCAUUUAAUCUUGUUUUAAUAAAUGAUGAGUCACUUGGUAUUAAGAAGAAUGUCUAUGGGAAUGCAACACUUGAAAAAACAGCAAGAGCUACUAUGUAUUCAGCAGUUGAAAGAAAUUUGAAUAAAAAUACAGUGAUAUUGUGUGAUGGAAUGAAUUAUAUUAAAGGUUACCGAUACCAACUCUUUUGUGAGGCUAAAAAUAAUGCUACUCCUCAUUGUGUGAUUCAUUGUGGAACGCCGAUUGAUAUAUGUAGGGAAUGGAAUCGUUCUAGAGGGCUAUUAGGAUAUUCUCAGGACAUAUUCGAAGAGCUUGUGAUGAGAUACGAAGAACCCAAUUCAAUGGUAAGAUGGGAUUCUCCAUUGUUUACAGUAUUUUAUUCAGAUGAAUUUUGUCCGGUUGACCGUAUUUGGGAAAUUAUAUCUAGUACAAAAACCAUCCGACCCAAUGCAUCUACUGUUGCGAAAUCAGUACCGGCGUCUGAUUAUUUAUUUGAAUUAGACAAGGCGACACAUGAAAUUAUAAAUAUGAUUAUUCAAAACCAAAGGAUUAAUGGACCAGGAUCAGAAGUGAAAGUUGCUUCAAUAAAUCAAAAUAUUAUAUUACCAAGUAAUGUUAUUACAUUACCAAAAUUACAGCGUAUAAGACACCAGUUUAUUAAUCUUAAUAGAAUACAAGCAUCUAAUAAAAAUAAAAUUCAAGAGAAUUUUGUGGAAUUUUUAAAUAAUCAAUUUAAAUAA